AUGAAGGCAUGGGUAAUAUUGUUGUUGGUGAUUUGUGUUGCUACGAUUGUGGAGCAAUCAGAAGCUCAGCAAGCCCGGAAGUAUUUAAAACCACACGUGUUUAGCGCGUGCCAUCGUCCUAAUCCUCCGGCGGGAUGUCAUCCUCACAAUUCUAUUAAUAAACCUCGUGAACAGGCUAACAAAUAUAGACGUGGCUGCAGUAGAAUUCAUCGGUGCCGAGGAGCUUAA